GGUUAUGCCCCACCCAUGCAUCUGCAAGCGUUUUGGGGUGACUGCUUAAGUGUCCCAGGUGUUUCUGAUCAGCCAGGAUGGGGGGAACGUGGUCCCAGACCAUGGAACUGUCUGAACCUGAAAGCGGAUCCGGAAGAGCUUUUUACAAAACUGGAGAAAAUUGGAAAGGGCUCUUUUGGCGAGGUGUUCAAAGGCAUUGACAAUCGGACUCAGAAAGUGGUUGCCAUAAAAAUCAUUGAUCUGGAAGAAGCUGAGGAUGAGAUAGAGGACAUCCAGCAAGAAAUCACAGUGCUGAGUCAGUGUGACAGCCCAUACGUGACCAAAUAUUACGGGUCCUACCUGAAGGAUACUAAAUUAUGGAUAAUAAUGGAAUAUCUUGGUGGCGGCUCUGCACUGGACCUGUUAGAACCUGGCCCCUUAGAUGAAACUCAGAUUGCGACUAUAUUAAGAGAGAUACUGAAAGGACUGGAUUAUUUGCAUUCGGAGAAGAAAAUUCACAGAGAUAUUAAAGCUGCCAACGUUCUGCUCUCCGAGCAUGGGGAGGUGAAGCUGGCCGACUUCGGAGUGGCAGGCCAACUGACGGAUACCCAGAUCAAAAGGAACACCUUCGUGGGCACCCCUUUCUGGAUGGCGCCCGAAGUCAUCAAGCAGUCGGCCUACGACUCAAAGGCAGACAUCUGGUCCCUGGGCAUAACGGCCAUAGAGCUCGCCAGAGGGGAGCCACCCCAUUCGGAGCUGCAUCCCAUGAAGGUUUUAUUCCUCAUUCCAAAGAACAACCCCCCGACGCUGGAAGGGAACUACAGCAAGCCCCUCAAGGAGUUUGUGGAGGCCUGUUUGAACAAGGAGCCCAGCUUUAGACCCACAGCUAAGGAGCUGCUGAAGCACAAGUUUAUAAUACGCAAUGCCAAGAAGACAUCCUACCUGACAGAGCUCAUCGACAGGUAUAAGAGGUGGAAGGCCGAGCAGAGCCACGAGGACUCCAGCUCUGAGGACUCAGACACGGAGACAGACACAGAUGGCCAGGCCUCCGGAGGCAGUGACUCUGGGGACUGGAUUUUCACCAUCCGGGAGAAAGAUCCAAAGAAUCUCGAGAACGGAGCUCUUCAGCCUUCGGAUUUGGAGAGGAACAAGAUGAAAGACAUCCCAAAGAGGCCUUUCUCUCAGUGUUUAUCGACAAUUAUUUCUCCUCUGUUUGCAGAGUUGAAAGAGAAGAGCCAGGCCUGCGGGGGCAACAUGGGGUCCAUAGAGGAGCUGCGAGGGGCCAUCUACCUGGCAGAGGAGGCCUGCCCCGGCAUCUCGGACACCAUGGUGGCCCAGCUGGUGCAGCGGCUCCAGAGAUAUUCUCUAAGUGGUGGAGGAACUUCAACCCACUGAAAUUCCUUUGGCAUUUGGGGUUUUGUUUUUCCUUUUUUCUUUUCAUCUUCCUCCUUUUUAAAAGUCAACGAGAGCCUUUGCCGACUCCGCUGAAGAGGCAGGCGUGCCGCUGGGGGGCAGCCCCCAGCCGGGACCCUCAGGGUCUUCCUCGCCGGCCGGGCCGAGGCCAGAUGAUGUCUCCAGGCCGGAUGGCCUGGGAGGGUUGGCCCCUUGAAGCGAUCAUUUUAUUUUAUUAUUCCUGUUUUUAAUUUUAACCAUAGUGCACAUAUCAAGGAAAGUGUCUUUUAAAAACAAAAGCAAACCCUGAAAUGUAUAUUUGGGAUCAUGAUACGGCAACUGAAGAAUCGAAACCUCAGGUACCUGCUUUAAGUUGACCCCUCCCCCCGGGGAGGUGGAGCGUCACCCCGGUGGAUCUGUGUACAGAUUUGUAUAUAGCGUCAUUUUUACAGAACCUUUUGGCGUGCGUAAGGAAUCACUGUGUACAAACUGGCCAAGUGCUUCUGUAGAUACUGUCGGUGGAGUAAAUAUUUGACAGGCCAUAACUUGAGUCUAUCGCCUUGCCUUUAUUACCUGUAAAUUUUGAAUUAUGUGACCAGUGAUUUGGGUUUAUUUUGUAUUUGCAGGGUUUGCCAUUCAUAAUAAUUCAUGUCCCUCUCCUGGAACACUCCUAUUUGUACCUCAGCAGAUGCACAGCUCCCCUCUCGUUUGCCCUGCAGCCCUUUCGGUACACUUAGAAGUUGGUUUCCGCUCCCUCGAUGGUACUGUUUCUUUGUGUUUUCAAUUGGAACAUAUCUUGCCUCAUGAAGCUUUAAAUUAUUGUUUCAAGUUCCCCCUCAAUGACGAGCUGUCGUCCAGCGUUUGUUUGGAGCCGUGCCACCCCUGCGCCCCACCCCCUUCUGUCCGUACCAUCUUCUGUUGCGCCUCUUAGUGAAAUCUGCAUAUCAUCUUGCCCACCUAAAAACUGUCUGAAAUGCUUACACGAAUAAAUUUUAUAACACACUCAUUUCGCAUACUCUCCUUGAAGCGUGUCGAGGGCAGCGCCUGGCUGCGUGUGCACGCUCACGUGUGCUGGACGCCUGGGAAGGCCCCGGGACAAGUGUCCAUGCUCACGGAGCAGCGCUCACGUAGCAGGUGUUGUACGGCGCUGCCCGGUGCAGCCGCCCCCCUGUCCAGGACCUCGACCGAGCUUGGUUUUGUUCUCAGAGCGGCCCAUCGGGUGGCCUGUCCACCAGGUGUGUGUUUCUGGGCCUCUGCUGGGGCCUUGCUGGCCAAGGGGGCCGUGGUCUCUGGGUUUCUGGGCCGGCCAGCACGGGUCUUCUUGCAGCGAGGCUCAAAUCCACCACCGGUGUGUCCCCAGGGUCUGUGCAGCGGCGUGGCCGUGGGGCUGGAGUUCCUGCAGCAAACCCAGGCUGAUCUGAGGGCAGGUGGCGGUCUCUCGUAUUCGUGGAGGCUCAUUUGUGCAUGUGUUGUGGAGUACAGUCUCUGAGGGGGGAGACAAAGGACUUUGGAACGCGAGCACAUUACUGGGUGACUUGGGUCAGCCCGCCUGGGGCCUGGAAGGUGCAGGGGGAGGGGCAGAGGCCUGUGCAUGCCAGGUGUUAUUGAGACUUGUUCAUGGAGGCUAAUUUUCUACUCUAAAAUGUUUUUUUUUUCCCCUUUAUUUUUAAACAGAAGUAGAUUUGGGUUGAAUUACUGAUUUCUCUAAGGGAUCCAUUUUUGAUUAGGCGGCUAGCUCGCAUGGGACGGCUCAUUCCUAGCGCACGUGUUGUUCUGCAGCAAGAAUGUGAAGCCAGUGAAAUCCAAGGUGCUCACCCUGUUACUGCGUGUUCUGCGUCAGGUGAGGAGGCCGGAGAUGGCUGCUGCGCCCAGCGCAGGAGGGGAACCGCUAGAGCAGUGAAGCAGCGUCGCCCGCUUGAGCUGCUGCUGACUCUAAGAGCAGCUUCCUUCAGUUUGCCAGUGGGUAGCAGCGUGAGGACUAGAUGCAGAAACCACGAGCAGAGGUCGUGCCGGUAGCUGGAGGGCCCUGGUGACAGGCCAGUGUGAACCGCCAGCAGACACUGCUGCCACAGGGCCCCCAAGCCGAGGCCCUCUCAGAGGUUGGCAGAGGUCAGUGCAGACCCUUCCAGGGCGUAUCGGAAAUGUCUUCUGUGGCAUUAGCUUCCUGGGGUGGAGGUGGUGGGGUUGGAUUUUAAAAGUGGAUCGCUGCGUCCUGCCAUCACUUCCAGUUUGUCCUUUCUGUGGAGACACGUUCAGCUGUUGCUGUGUUACGAGCAGCUCUGUGCUUAGCUGAGGAGCUCAGUCCAUCCAGGAACAGUCCUUGGUGAAGGAGGCGUGUGCCUGGGCUUCAGACCCUGCCUCAGUGGCGACCCCUGUUGGCGGCCAGCAGGCCCAGCCGUUGAGAUGGAGUGGGCUUACCUGCGCCUGGUCCCUGGGUCCCAGCCUGAGGGUCCGGGCUUGUCUCCCUGGGGGCUGCAGGCAGUUGGUGAGUCUGGGGGAAGACGGUUCUCCAGGGGGCGGGCUGGCUGCCUGGUGGUUUGUGUCUUUCUGAAAUCCCCACCAGUGGCACUAAGGGAGGCGGCCCCCGUGGGCUUUGCCCCCUGGCCGCGUGGUCUCAAGGGCCACGUAACUGCCCAGGGCUGAUGGUUUUGUUCUCAAGCUGGUUUCGUGAUGUGUCUAGCUCAGUUCUUUGUUGUAGUAUUUUGUACCUUUUGUUUUGGCAAAAAUACAUGGUCUGUUUUAUAAGCUUUUUAUAUAUCCCCUUCCCUUAAAAAUACGGCUUCUGUAUUUUGGCUAUAAACUAUGGCAAUAAGCGGGCAGUGCCGCACGGCGUGUUCUGAGGCACAGGUACUGUAACGUGCAGGGUCAAUAAAAUUCACAGAAAAGUGAUUUUUUUUUUUGGUAAUGUCAUUUCAUGUGUAGAAGGUACCAGAAGUGGGGGGUUUCUCAGUUUCUGAUGACCCCCAAAUUUAGGUUGCGGUCUUGACCCCCCCAGUGUGAUUGAUCAUGGGGGGGCCCCGGGAGCGGAGCUGAGACCUUAUGAAGGCGAGGGCCACCCCCCUUCCACGUUAGGACAGAGAUGCAGGGAGAGGGUCUACCUGGGGCCUGGACUCCAGCCUCCAAAACUGUGAGGUAAGUUUGUCUGUCAUUUGCAAGUGCUCAGUCUGUGGGGGUCUGUUGUGACCUGCAGGGCCUGGGGCAGGGGUGUCGCCGAAGCCCCAUUUGUUCCUGGCGGCUCGGGACUGCUCCCCGCUGCCCACGUGACUGGGACUUGGGUGUUUUGACGUUACGGAAAUGGGUGCUGGCCACAGGUAGGCAUGGCUUGGCGGCCUUCAGAGACACGGAGCUGCCCGGUGCGGGCCACAGGAUUUAGGGACAGGUGAUUCUGGGAGUUUUCCCGCCCCUGGGGUCCAGUGCGUCCUGCACCCCUGAUGUGGGAGAAGCCCUGCCGUCUCUGCUUCACUCGCGGCCCUGGGGCUUAAAUGUCUUAAGCGUCCAGCCUCCCCAGUACCGAGGCGGCCAGGAGCAAGCUUCCCCGAGGGUGGUGCUGGCCUGGUCUCCGCGAGCAGGCGAUGCCGCUCUCAUCUGGUCUCACCGCUGCCCCCACCCCUGGUGAACG